UUCAAACUGAUAAUAUAGGGUGCACUAUUUAGUACGUUACUUAAAUAUGCAAACUAAAAUCAACAUGUUUAGUGUAUAAACAGUGUCAUAUCAUCAGUAAUCAUUGGAUUUAUUAAUUAAAGAUCUGGUCAGUGCUAACUCGUUGGAACAAUGCUAACUUUAAUCAAUUUGCAAGACGUCCUUUUGGCAGACCACAAUAAAUCAUGGUUACCCCAUGUAAUAGAAAUGCUUGUUUAUUUAAUGGUCAUCUUCUUCAUCGGAUGGUCACUGUACCACGUGACUAGACUAAUUUUACCGGACAACAUCUCCGAAUACGCCUUUGACUUUGUGAAAACCAUGACAAUAUGUGCUUAUUCGCUUGGGAUGAUUCUUGUGCGGAUAAACUUCGGAGAUAUUUGGUUUAUUCUAGUACUGGUUCCCCUCAUAAUAUUAACAGUGAUAAUGAUCCCUGGAGAAGCAACUCCUGUCACAAUUUGGGUGCAAUAUUUUCACAAUCGACUUAGUUUAUUGCUGGCUGUUGUUAAAACAGUAAUAUUAAUGACAGCCGGUGUAGCUGCUUUCUGGAUAGGAAUUUUAGUUUUAAAAUCAAAACUGCAUAAUGUAAUAUUCGGUUUCAAUUACUCGACGAAUCUUCCAUCUACCUGCUCGUCGGCACUUAAUGUCCCUCUUUAUCAAGGGUUUAUGUUAGAGAUGAUAGCUGUUAUGUACGAUUCAUGGUUUGUUGUGCAAAAACUUUCACCGAACUUGUUGUUAGAUGCCGCUUUUAAAGUAACUAACACGGGAUUGCUAGUCAUUGCAGGUUCACACUUAACAGGUAUGUUUAUGCAUCCACCAAAAGCAUCAGGUCUUACAUUCGGAUGUGGACAGACUUCAAACAUCAACCAUAUUAUUGUGUAUUGGAUUGGGCCGUUGGCCGGGGCUUGGUUAAGCUCGAAACUACAGAAACGUCUUCAUUUGUCAUGGAGCACAAAUGACGUAGCACCAGUAAUGGGUCAUAAGUCACCUGAUAAAAAGAUAAAGCAGAAUAAGAAGAGACAUUAUGAAUAGAAAUGAGGGUGAAAUUACAUAACAUAACAAUAUAUACAGAUAUAAACAAAAAAGCGUCUUAUAGUAUUCAUUAAUAGCGUCAAUCACAGACUAAAUAAUAGGUAUACAUUUAUUGUUACGUGCACUUUAUAUAC